CAUCUUCCGUCAUACUCCAUCUGAAGAAAAAAGAAGAGAAGGAUAUACGACAGGAUACCAAACGAUGCGAAAGACAGACCAGCAAGCUUCAAAAGGAGUACUUACAUAUACAAGCAAGCUUCGUGGAACGCCAGGGCCCUCACAACAUAUCCCGCCAAUUCGCAUCAUCGCAGCCUAGACCGCAUCCCUGUCACUUUACCGAUUUCGGCUCGCUCGUCUGCCUUGAGUCACAACCGGGGAAAAUUAGACAAUCUUUUUAUCUCGAAACACUUCGAAUUACCAGGCACACAAACAUAUAAGAAACCCAAAAUGGCCUCAGCAACAUUUUAUCGGCCAUCGGCCCCCCCUAGCUACUCUCCAUUCCCUGCCUCCACCACCACUGCGACUGCGACUGCGACUGCGACCACAUCAACAAGCAAGCAGUCUGCCGCACAUCUCCUCAUCGCCGCCCAGAGGAGGAAGAGGGCCAUGUCUAUCACACAAACCUACUACCUCGCCCACAAGGCGCGGGCCAAGCUCGCCUACGAGGCAAGCCGCGCCGACCACGACCUGCGUCUGCUCGUCGGCCACGCCAACCUCCUCGACUCGCUCAUGUUCGAGCUUGCCGACGCCGAGCGCGAGCAAGAGAGCUGGUUCAACCAAUCGGUACGGGGCGCCAUCCGUCACGAAGAGCCCCAGCCCGUCCCCGUCGCGUCUCCCGCCCUCGCUCCUACACCCGCCCCAACUCCCAUCCCAACGCCGGUAGAUAAGAAGGACCGGCACGUGCAAUGGGCGGACGCCGCCCCGGAGCCACAGCAGCUCUGGCAUACCGAGCACAUCGACGUCGACUCGGACGACGACUCGGACCUCUACGAUUCGGACUACGACAGCGACGACGACAUGGAGAUGGUCGAGACAGUCACCGUCGCCCGUCCCGUCGCUCUCCGGCCCGUAACCCCCACCACUACCCUCACCACUAGCCUCGCCACUAGCCUCACUACUACCCUCACUACUAAAUCCGGCGCAACUCCUCCCACCACACAAAGCAGUUCCCGGCCCCUCCUCGCAGUGGAGGAGGACGAAGACGAAGACAAAGACGAAGACGAAGACAUGGAAACAGACGACCUCGAAGACGACUACGCCCAACUCGAGCUCGUCCGUACCGUGUCACACCCGCACUCGCCGCCAGAACUCGACGCCGACCUGUCCGAAUCGUCCGACGAGGACUCGUCGAUGCCGCCGUCGCCGCCCAACGUGAGCUUCGCCUUCCCGGCGAAGGACGCCAAGGGAGAGAUGCACCACGCCCGUUCAGAACAAGAGGAGCAAGACGAAGAAGACCGCAGCAGCCUCUACUCGGAAGGCUUCUACAUCCCGAGGAGGAGGAAUCCGCCCCUCGUGUCGGCCAUUUCGGUCUAUUAGAGGGUGGAAAGAACCUCAAUUUUCUCUCUUCUUCUCUGCGACUCUUGCUUCACCUUUCUGAGCAUCUCUAUUAUUUGGCUUCGAGCGAUGGUGGCAUGACGGCGGCGUUUUACACGGGGUUUCACCGGGAAAAUUGGCAGCAAUCUCAUCGAUUUGAUGGAAUGCAAAGCCAAAUGCUAUUAUUCUUUUAUUGGUUUGUCACCUUUGGUUGGCGUUUCAUUCCAAGGGCUGGUGCUCAAGCAGCACCGCACAAAAAGGAGGGACGUGGAUCGUCUUGGGGUCUGUUUCUUCUCAUUUCACACCUUUGCAUUUUCUCUUCUCUCGGCUUAUCCUCGCUCCCCUAAAGGGGUUGAGCGGGAAGCCAUGAUGUAUUUAUUGAUUAGCGCGAUAUGCUUUCUCUGGGACGGGCGAUACCACCACUUCUUCUUACUACAACUGGGAAAUCUAGCGCACGGCUUUCCUCACUUUCAAUUGAAGUAUACCAAUACCGUCA